AUGGAUUUGAUCGAUGGUUUCAAGCUAUUUACUAUGGCGAGUAUAAAGAUGGUAACUAAGAAGGUAUUUUGGAUAUCUUUUUGGGGAAGCCUCUAAAGCAAUAAUUUGAAUUUAAGUAAUUAUCAUCAAAAAAUAUUAUAGUGGUAGCUGAUCAUAUGAUAAAGAGUGUUUAAUUAAAAUUGGAAGGUGGAAAGAGCUAAGUGAAAGAUUCAAGGAUAAUUCUUAAGUCACGUAUUAUGGUUAUUAUAACAGUGGUAAAAAAUUUAGAAGAUGGGACAUCAUGUAUGAGGAAACCUAUUUAUAAAUAGUACGAAGUAGCCUAAUUUUUAGUGGUAGAGGAUAAUUUGAUGAAGAUUGAUUAAAGAUUGGAAUAUAGAUAGGCUUUUCAAAUUAUUCAUAAAUCACUUAUAAUGGUAAGUAUUAAAAAGGGAAAAGGAUGGUAAAAUGGGAUAUAUCAAAUGAUGAAGUAGGUACAACAAAUAUUGGUAUGUGGAUUGAGGAGUGCGAUAGUUUUAAUGAAUAUACUUAAGUUACUUAUAAUGGUGAAUAUAAAAAUUGCAGAAAGGUUGGCAGAUGGGAUAUUUUGUACAGAAAGCAAUAUUGUUAGAAAAAAAAUACCAGUGGUGGUGGAUUAUAUAAUCAGGAAGAUUCACUUAAGACAAGUCUGUGGAUUAAAUUGA